ACAAGCAAGCUGUGGACUUUGAGAUGCAGUGGGCACAUCACUAUGGCACAGCCAUACCGUAGGCUUACAGUAUGUUCUGUUUUGUUGUGGAAUGACGUAGCAUGUCUAAUUUAAUCUUCCCAGCCAGCAGCCGAGACAACUUCCUCGUAUGGUAGUUUUAUUUUGGUCAGUCAGUGUGUCGAUUUCGGUCUGUGCUUUUAGAAUGUUGAGUCGACUCGGUAACCUGACAGGUGGAGACUGAGAAGCGCACAGGUGAACUGCCAUUGUUUACACGAUGAGCUACUACAGUGAUACGCCAAGUGUCGACGAUGAGUUGGAGUCGUUAGGAUGGUACCACUUUGACCUGUCCCGCCAUGCCGCUGAAGCUAUCCUCCUAUCCAAUGGGAAAGAUGGCAGCUAUCUCCUCCGAAACAGUCAUGAGGGUCCUGGCAGCUUUGCCCUCUCUGUCAGAGCCAAGGAUUCAGUUAAACAUUUCCAUGUGACACGGAAAAGCAGUGGCUACGCUUUUGGCUUCAAUGAGUUUGCGUCCCUCCAGGACUUUGUCAGCCAUUUUGCCAACCAGCCUCUGCUGGGCAGUGAGACAGGUACCCUCAUUGUCCUUAAAUGCCCAUAUCCAUGGCGUGUAGAAGAGCCGUCCAUCUAUGAGUCUGUGCGGGUUCACACUGCCAUGCAGACAGGACGAACAGAGAGUGACCUGGUGGCUAACGCUCCAUCGAACUGGAAGCAGAGGUGGUUCACAUUAAACAGAAAUGAGCUCAAAUACUUUAAGGACAAAAUGUUUGAUGAGCCUAUUCGCACCCUGGAUCUGACAGCAUGCUCUGCAGUCCAGUUUGACUACUCCAAGGACAGAGUCAACUGCUUCUGUUUGGUGUUCCCUGAGAGGACAUUUUAUCUGUGUGCCAAGAGUGGUGUGGAGGCAGAUGAGUGGAUCAAGAUAAUACGAUGGAAACUGUCACAAAUAAGAAAAGGAAGAUGACAACAUGAAGAGGAGGAGCCAAAAGAGGCAUAUUCUCACAGUGAACUAAAUUAUCUUAAGUCUGGUAGCUUGUCACUCCUGUUAUCCUCAGAGAUCAUUUCUGCUCCACAGCUGACUGGCUGGCAACCCAAGACAAAAGACAAUGAGGCUCUCUGACCAUCGAAAAAUGACCAUGUAAUUUUCAGGACAUGCACAAUGACAAUGUUUUGGAUCUAAUCGUAUUUUUUUGCGAUAGACUUGAGUUCCUCCAGGAAUUGUAUUUUCUCUAGAUUCAUAUCUUUCACUGGUUGACAUUUACUUGAUCUUAAUUUUACUUAACAAGAUGUAACCCUCAUACUGUGAAUAAAUAUUUAUUUUAAUAGAGAAAUUA